AUGAGGGUACGCUCUUCCCUCAUCUCGGCUUCCAUCCAGGAAGCCAUCGCAAGCCCCAACGACGCCACAAAGCGACGCAACAAACUAUUCCGCCUCCUCUUCUGGAUCAUCGAGUUUCUAUCCCUUCUUCGCUUGCGUCUUGCCCGCUACCGACCUGCCGACUUCCGAGCCCUACGGAAGCAUGUGUGGAAACUCGACGAAGAUGAAUAUAUUUGUUCAUUCCAGCCUGGCGCAGACGAGUCGGCCCUCAAACCAAUCGGUGAUCUCGGUUACAGCGGUUCAACCUUUUUCACCACUGCCAAUUCCAAGUACCUGAUCAAGUCACUACCACGACGGUUUGAGCAUCAGUUCUUCACGCACGAUCUUUUGGAGCCAUACAUUGGUCACAUGCGUGCCAACCCGCACAGCCUGCUCGUGCGCAUCGCCGACAUGGUUUUUACGCCACAGGCAACACUGGGAGGAAUCCUAGGCACGGCACCUACACACCACAUUGUCAUGGAGAACUUGAUGUACGGCAAGCAAGAUGAUCGUUGGGAGACUUACGACCUCAAACCCAACGACUACUUUUUCCCAGAGCGUGACAUCAUGGAUGGUGCGUUGGUACCUAAUAGCGUGCUGGACAAGUUGGUGGACGAGUUCAAGGAUAAGGUCAAGGUGACGACUGAACAAAAGGCACAAUUGUUGAGCGACUUGGAAAAGGAUACGGAGCUGCUGUCAAGAAACAAUGCCAUUGACUAUUCUCUGUUUCUGGUGAGAUACCCAGCUGACGUGCAGGCUUCGGUGAUAUCGUCGGAUGCGGACGCGUGGCGAACAGGAAUGAAGGAUCGACAAGGAAAAUGGGUGUAUCGCGUCGUGGUGUUGGACUUUUUCUGGGCAAGACACAAGUUUCACGCGCGGGCCAUGACAGGGCUUGUCAAACUAUUCAACAAGGUGGCUCACCGAGGACCAAUGUCGAUCACGGCCAACCCAUCAGAGUAUCGCGAACGGUUUUUGGGCAUGGACCUACAAACGCUUCAUCACAUACCGUUCUCCGAUUCGAUGCGGGCGCAUCUGCCGCACCGCCGUCGCUUCCUGAUAUGGCUCGGCUACGCAACCUCGGCCGGGGUCAUGUUCUGGCUCCUCUACAUCGUCGUCCGGCUUCUGGCUUUUGCGCAGUUGUUUGGUAAAUUGGGCCCUCACGCUGGCAUUGCAGUUACACAGCUGCAAUUACUCGAAGCAUACGACAACCACACGGCAAAGGAGCUUGUUAUUCCGAGGAUAAUACAUCAAAUAUAUCACAACUGGAAGGACCCAGAAAGCAAGGAGUUGCCGGAGGAUUGGGCUGCUGCACGUCAGACAUGUAUUGACCAAAACCCUGGAUGGGAUGUCAAGAUCUGGCACUCCCAGGACUCCCUCGCAUUCAUCGCCAACGAAUACCCUUGGUUCCUCUCGACGUACGAAGGCUACAAAUAUCCUAUACAACGCGUCGACGUCAUGCGAUACUUUCUUAUUCGCAAAUACGGCGGCAUAUAUAUCGAUCUAGACAAUGGAUGUGAAGCUUCACUCGAGCCUUUGCGUAGCCUCCCGGCAUUCACUACCGAUGGUGGUCUUGGGGCGCUCAGCAACAACAUCAUCGGUGCACAGCCUGAUCAUCCCUGGACCCGCAUGCUCACGGAAAACCUCGAGGCCUACAACUGGAACUGGCUGCUUCCAUACGCAAGGGUCAUGUACAAUAGUGGUCAGUGGUAUCUGACGGCAAUGUGGGAACAAUAUCAUGCUACUCUUCGUGGAGGGAGCGUACCACCGUACGCUGGCUCAGAUUGGGCAAAACUACACCGAGUCAUGAUGGACGAGCGUGAAGGUGCCGACAGGUGGGUAUUUUGGAACCAUGCAGGUCAUGGUGGGACUUGGGGAGCAGGAGAUGACUGGUUCUGGGCUUGGCUGGGCCGGCACUGGAUUGAGGUUGUUGUCGAGUCCAUUGCUGCUGUUGUUGCCCUCCUAACCAGUUUUGUUUGUUGUCUCAGGUGUUGGAGGCGGAGAUUACGACGUAUAGUGGACAGAGGAUACAAGCAUGCAAAGUUUGAAGACGAUGUUGAUGUGGAGCUGUUGGGUGGGAGGCAUGGUUGA